UUUAUAUACACUUGGCGGGUUAAAUUUCAAGAAAUAAAGUGUUUAGGGCAUCACAUCAAAACCCACGAUCGUUCUGUAACUGUCGUUUUGGCUAAGAUAGAAAAUGGUGAGUCGGAGCGAAGACCGGUUUGAAAUAGCGUUUUUCGACGUGGAGACGACGGUGCCGACCCGAACCGGCCAGGGGUUCACCAUAUUGGAGUUCGGGUCGAUUCUGGUUUGCCCUAGGAAGCUCGUGGAGCUCGAGAGCUACUCCACCCUGGUGCGACCUGCCGACCUUUCCUCAAUCUCCUCCUUGUCCGUGCGCUGCAACGGCAUUACCAGAGACGCCGUCGUUUCAUCCCCUACCUUUCAAGAGAUCGCCGACACGGUCUACGACAUUCUCCAUGGACGUAUAUGGGCAGGUCACAACAUACUGAGGUUUGAUUGUGCUCGGAUCCGGGAAGCGUUCGCACACAUUGGUCGGCCUGCACCCGAACCCAAGGGUACAAUUGAUUCCUUGGCAUUGUUGACACAGCGCUUUGGAAGAAGAGCUGGUAACAUGAAGAUGGCCACUCUUGCAACCUAUUUUGGGCUUGGACAGCAGACACAUAGGAGUUUGGAUGAUGUUCGUAUGAAUCUUGAAGUUUUGAAAUACUGUGCAACCGUCUUAUUCUUGGAGUCGAGCCUCCCAGACAUAUUCACGGAGAACAGUUGGGUUUCUCCAAAUGCUACCACAAGAAGUCGUAGUGAUGGAAAAUCAUCUGCUGAGAAGAGGGGACAAAUGAACAUGAAUGUUUCCUCAUUAACUAUGCAUGAGGAUGCUCAGGUGUUAUCUUUUACAAAUCAAAGAACAGGGGAGAAAGAGAAUCAUCCAAUAGCAUCUCUUAGGACUCAAAACGCAGAAGUCUCUAUUCUGGUUGAACCUAUCACAGCUCAACCAGAUCCCUUUGACAUGGCCCCACUCAGCAUUGAAGUGCAGAAAGAGUUGAAUCAACCAGACACCACCAUGCUAGAAGUACCUGUACAAGAGACUCCCAAUAGUUCUUCCCCAGCUGCUGCAUCUGAGAGUUGCAAUAGCAGUGUGGGAUUUUUACAGCCUGAUGAAGUUUUUAUUCCUUCUAUCUGUGCUUCCCUUGCUCCGUUGUAUCGUGGGAGUCAGAGGAUAAAGUUAUUACACAAAGAUGUCACUUUGCAGCUUUGCUGUAGGCGUAUGAAAUUACGGUUUGGAAUCAAUACAAAGUUUUUUGAUCAUGCUGGACGACCAAGAUUGAAUAUUGUUGCCGAUGCAUCACCAAAUUUAUGUGAAGUUCUUGAUGCUUGUGAUGGCAUUGCACAGAAGUUGUCUGUGGAUUCUGGAAGCAACUCCGAAUGGAGACCUGUUGUGAUCCGGAAAGAGGGCUUCUACAACUACCCUACAGUGAGAUUGCAUAUACAGACAGCAGUAUGGGGGGAUGUUGCGAUCUAUGCCACAGAGAUAUAUAAAAAAGAGCCUUCUGGCACUGAGGAGAGGCUAGUCUUCACUAAGUUUGAUGCUUCAGAACUUAGUACCUUGUUCAAACAGGGGAGAUUUAUGGAUGCUUUCUUCUCCUUGGAUCCAUAUGACUAUCAGCAGAGUGCAGGCAUUAGGUUGGUGGCAAAGAAAUUGAUUAUUCAUUCGAAUUGAUGGAUGAAUUUGUAUCACUGAUUUAUUCAAUCAAAGGGCGCUGUUGCUUUGUUAAUUAGAUUGAAGUGGAUUGACAUAUUCAGGAGAACAGUUUUUCAUGUUCAUGAUCGAAAAUGGAAAACAGGGGAUACUGAUAGUUGUGACAUGUAACUACAAAAUCUAUGCUACCAUACAUAUUCUUUAAAUAUGAAUUUGAGGUUAUGUAACAGUCACAAGGCCUUUCUUUAUUAUUCUA